AUGACGCUAUUCCCGUCGGUUGCGCAGGCGGAAAAAGCCGUGUUGGACGGCCGAAUUGAAUCGCAGGACAGCCAGGCUAUUUUGGACGCCUUGAAGGCAGAAUUCGGAGUCGGCACGAAGCUGAGGAGUUCGCUGCAGAGAAACGGAGUCCAGCCGCCCCAGGAUGCACUUCCAAACCGGACCACAGAGCCUGCGAACGAGGCGUGUCUGACUGCCGCCGCCUUGGAACCCGGCGUCGAAAGCACGCGGCUUUGCCAUGAAAUACCCGACACUGCUGUUGGACAAGACGCAGUUCGUCAUGAGACUGCCGACCCUGCAGCGAUACAGCGUGACAGCAAGCCUCGAGCGUCGUUGAAUCACGACGACAAAGCCCCCACGGCGCACAAGAUGGACCUUUCGCAACAAACACAGACCCAGGUCAAUGCAGACCGGGACUACGCCGAUUUUUGUGAGCCGCUGCCCUCGAGCCCGGCGUAUGACACAACGCACCUGCCACGGACCCUAAACCCAGACGAUACGGGCGCUGUUGACUUUGGAAGCCUCGGCGAAUUUGCGAGGCCGUCGUCACAAGUCUCCGAGGAUGGAGGCUUUGAAAACACCCGCGGCGAGUGGAGGGGCCCCGACGAUACGUCGCAAUUGCAAGCAAAGCAGGCCUCGACGCCGUACAAGCGACCACACCUCCCUCCAGAGACGCCUGCGCUUCCUAUAAAUCCAUUCGGAGCCAAGGCCAACGGCGCGGUGCCCUUUGGUGGCACCCAACUCUUUGGCCAGACGCAGUUGCUUUCGUCUGCAGCCAAGAUAGCAAGCCCGACCUCGUCCCGGCCGUCGCCAAACGUCUUCCUCAACUCAAUCUCUCCAAAUAUUAUGGAAACCUCUCCGUUGAAAAAUCGAGCCAAUGUUUCGUCACCUACGGAUAUGCGAACAUCUAGCCCCCCGAGGCUGCAUGAAGUGCCUGCGACCGUGCUCAAGGAUAACAGCCUGAGCACAGUUGCGGAGGAAACCCCUGUGCCAUUGCGCUCCCGAAAAGAUGAGCUCAUCCCUGAGUCGCCCUCAUUCAAGACACCGUGGCCCUCCGUUACUCACCGGCCCAUGGCACAUUAUGAGCCGAUGAAGCAAUCACAGGAGAGAAAGAGCAGUGGAGAUGGCCGAAAGGCCCGUUCUGUAGCCGGCAGUGAAUUCGAUGAGGCGCUUCAACAAUUGGAUCGGAAGAGACGUGUGGAAAGAAAGAGGGCACAAGCUGCUGCGGAGAUGGACAAGAUUACUUUCACACGAACACAAAGGAGAUUGUCAGAUGAACAGCCCGGGAAAAAGCGGCGAAAGCUAGGAACAGAGAAUGCGAAUACUGACGAUGCGAAGAAGCAGGGUCAAGGCCAGCCGCUCGUGCGGGACUCGCAGAAAGCCAUCCCACAAUCUGCAGAGCAGCCGCCAGUAGAGUCGACGAAGGCGACACCUGCUGCGGUGAUCCAGUCGUUCGAUACCCAAAAAGAACCCGCAGAUACUCAACCGCUCCUCGAACCCGUGGACGAAGAAAUCAUUCCGGCGACUAGCCCUAUACGCUCCUCACCAGCCGUCUACCCACGAGACAAUGCGCCAUCAGCGUCUGACACAGAGUUGCCCUUGCUGGGAAGAAGCGGAACUGAACGGGGUCAAGAUGCGCUGGACGACUCUUCUACGCCGCCGACGCGACGGCGAUCACUGCGGACUUAUGGCAGACGGGGACGUGGUACUCGAACACGAUUAGCUGUGGUGUCGUCUGCAGAAGAGGCCGAGCAGGAGCCAGUGGAACCCGCGAAACAGCCGGUGGACAAGAUGGAACAGCCAGACGACACGGCCAAGGAGAAUCUUGCGCCGCCGAGCUCAUAUUCAGAGCCACCUGUUCCCAUGGGCACAAGAUCUCGCCGAGCCGAACCAAGAACCCGGACACCACGCAGAUCGAUGGAUGUUGGCAGCCAUGCCCUGACAUCUUCCAGUCUUACCAAUCUAUCAAGCACACCCGUGCCAUCAUCCAAAACUACACCUGGAACGCAGGCCUCAGGCCCGCCGGACCGGUCCGAGCUGGCCCAUCCGGGGUCUCUUGAAGACAGCGUUCGACUGCCGCGGAGGCGUGCCCUGGACGGACUCAACUCUGAAUCCCCGCCGCUAUUGACCAAGGCUGUGAAACUGUCGCGACGAUCGUUGCGGAUGGAUUCGGACUCCACAGAUGAGCUUUGCCGCUCACCAUCUGCCACAGCUCUCGACCGAAGCGUACGCUCGAAAUCAGUGCGGCCGUUUCGGACGAGUCUUGCGGCAGCCUCACGAACUCGCCGGCUCUUUGAUGGGAUGGCGUUUGCGCUAUCACUCUCGGGUAGUCAGGCUCAGAGGACAAGGUUGGAAGCCAAAAUCUCGCAGGCUGGCGGCACGAUUUUACAAGAGGGUUUCGCAGAGUUGUUUGAGCAGUGGACGAUAGCACAUGCCAGCUCCAUUCAAUACGACGACUCACCGCCACUGCAGCUCACCAAAGUCGGCCUGGAACAUGGCUUUGCCGCCGUCAUCGCAGACUCGCACUCUCGAAAGGCCAAGUACAUGCAGGCGCUGGCCCUCGGUCUGCCUUGUCUAGCGCCGCAAUGGGUGACGGCAUGCCUGAAAAGAAGCGAGAUCAUAGACUGGGCGCCGUACCUGCUAUGUGCCGGGGCGUCUCAGGUGCUUGGCAACGCCAUCCGGUCACGCAUCCUAGUGCCAUACCCUGCCCUGGAUGCCAAUCUGUCCAAGACGAUAGAGGCACGGGACAAGCUCCUGGACGGGCAAAAGCUCCUCAUCGUCAUGGACCACAAGAAGUUGCGGAAAGAGACCAAGCAGCAGUACCUCUUCCUGGCCCUGGCCCUGAGUCCGUCGACGGUAUCACGCGUCACGACGGCCCAGCUGGCGGGGGAGGCGGUCCGCCACGCCGAACGGUCCGGGUCGCCAUUCGCCUGGAUAUACGUCGACUCGUCGACCGCAACCCUGGAAGACGUGCUGGCUGCCGCGCAAGAGUCGGGCAGGCGGAGGAGAAAGGCGGCCGGCGACCCGGUCGGACAGGGCAUGCGUGUACUGACUGACGAGCUCAUGAUUCAGAGCCUGAUACAGGGGCGGAUGGUGGACCUCGGCGAGAUGGAAUAG